GUUCCAAUGGUCCCAACUGGUCAUUCAACGUGUUAUAACAAGUUAUUAGACACGUGUCAGCAUAAGAUUGGUCUAAAAAAACAAAACCCAAACCCAUCCUAUCAGGCCCUGCCAUCCUGGAAUCCGGCCACCCCCACCCUUCCCUUCCCCGAUUCCGACUACCCCCUCCAUAUUCAGUCAAUCAAAGUCACAAUCUUUUUAAUUUCUUCAGUCAUCAUUGAUUCCAUUGAAGUGUACUCUGAAUCAGCUCCUGAGCUUUCUCUCCUCCAUUUAAGCAGGGUUAUUCUAAGCUGGAUUGAUCAUUGAAUUUGAUAUUAAGAAGAUGGGUAAACGAGGUAGAGCAGCAGUUGUUGUACUAGGGGAUAUAGGCCGGAGUCCAAGAAUGCAAUAUCAUGCCCUCUCGCUUGCUAGCCAGGCAUCUCUCGAGGUAGACAUUAUUGCAUAUGGAGGUUCUGAUCCACAUGCUGCUCUUCUGAAUCACCCUUCCAUUUGUAUACAUCAAAUGGCGCAAUGGCCUAAAUUUACCCAAAAAUUACCGUGGGUACUUCGCUAUUUUGUCCUUUUGCUCAAGCCACUAUUUCAGCUCCUUGUACUCCUUUGGCAUUUGUGCAUUAAAGUACCAGCUCCAGAUGUUUUCUUAGUUCAGAAUCCGCCAUCUGUACCAACCUUGGUGGCUGUGAAAUGGGCAAGCUGGAUCAGGCAUUCAGCAUUCAUAGUGGAUUGGCACAAUUUUGGAUACACUUUGCUAGGGCUGUCUCUUGGUAGAGGAAGUCGCUUUGUUGCAGUAUAUCGUUGGUUUGAGAAGCAUUAUGGACAGCUGGCAGAUGGCUCUCUUUGUGUAACAAAGGCCAUGCAACAUGAAUUGGCUCAGAACUGGGGGAUCAGAGCCACUGUGCUGUAUGAUCAGCCUCCAGAUUUUUUCCAUCCUGCUUCAAUAGAGGAGAAGCACAUGCUGUUUCUCAAAUUGGAUAAAGAGUUCAGACAAUCCAAGGGAAAUCGAGAUUGUAUCAACCAUGGAAGACAUAUGAGGACAGAUGAGCCCUUUGAUACUCUGUUUACUAACGUUUCUGGAGUUGGUAUCACUGAAAAGUCAACCCGGCCAGCACUUGUUGUUAGUAGUACGAGCUGGACACCAGACGAAGAUUUUGGUAUCCUUCUGGAGGCAGCACUUAUGUAUGACAGACGUGUUGCAGCAAUCUUGAAUGAGGAUGAUUCAAUUAAAGAAGAGGUCCUUUGGGAUGAAAUGAACGACGGGAAACAAAAUAUAUACCCUAGAUUGCUAUUUGUGAUAACAGGAAAAGGCCCUGAAAAAGAAAAAUAUGAACAAAAAAUAAAGAACUUGCACCUUAAGCGUGUUGCUUUCCGCACAAUGUGGUUGUCAGCCGAAGAUUAUCCCCUACUUCUUGGGUCAGCUGACUUGGGGGUUUGUUUGCAUACUUCCUCGUCUGGAUUGGAUCUUCCAAUGAAGGUUGUGGACAUGUUUGGUUGUGGUUUGCCAGUUUGUGCUGCUUCAUACUCAUGCAUUGAGGAGCUUGUCAAAGUUGAAAGGAAUGGUCUUCUUUUCUCAUCUUCUUCUGAACUGGCAGAUCAGCUCUUGAUGCUUUUCAAGGGUUUCCCUAAUGAGUGUUCUGUGCUCACAUCGCUGAGAAAUGGAGCCCUGGAAACAAGAUCUUCUGUAGCUUGGGGUACUGAAUGGGAGGAGCAUGCAAAACCCUUGGUACUAGAGGUUAUAUCUCUAAAUUCUAGUUGAUCUUAUAGCAUACUCUUAUGUGGCCCGGCAGUCAUCUCUGUGUAAUGAUACAGAAUACAAUGGUUUAUAUUCGUUCAGACAAUACCUAAUCGAUCAUAGAUGAGACUUGAAUUCAUGUAGAAAGAGACUCCUGGUACAGUGAAGAUCUUACAGAAAAACGCUAGUCCUUUUGCGGCACUAUUUACAACAGCUUGAUUUUGUGUUAGUUACUCGCUUAUCUGUACCAGUCAAUUUAGUGUAAUCCUUUUUUUUUUUUUUUUUUUUUUUUUUGUCUGGACAUAGUUAGUCAUGUAUACUAUUUUUGAGAUGCAUAGAACAAAAUUAACUCAUGAAAAGUGCGUCAAAUAUGGUAAGACAUAAUGAGUAUGCAACAACAAAACUGGAUUCGAUUUGAUUCAAAUUUAUUUACAACAAUAUAGGAAGUAUAUAAAUGUAUAGUAUUGUGGCUUAGAUUA